AUGGGAGCUAACUCGAGUCAAUAAUAGGGAUAAUAGGAAAAAAAGAGACUCAGAAAAAGAGAUUAUCUAAUUGGAAUGUGUAUUAGUCAAUUGUCAUCAAAGGAAUCAAAUUAGAAUUCAAAGCUUAGAAAAAGUUUAUCUGAAUAUAUGAAAUCAUAAAGUCAAGAUAUCCUGACGUAUUAUGAAAUAGAAGAUAUUCUAGGAAGAUGAGUGAAGAAGAGAUGCCAAAUUAUCCUAUAAAAAUUUUACAGUAUUUCUUAACUUUCUUGACAAUAAGAGAAUGUUUCUAACUAAAACUCGUAAAUAAAAAACUAAAAUUCAUGGUAGAGAUGAGUAGUAACAUCUAUUCUAACUUUUUGAGUUAAUUCUAUUUAAGGAAACUAUAGCUUCGAUGUUUUGUAGAAUAUGGAUUACAUUAAAGAUUUCUUUCCGUAUACUAUUCACAAUUGUAGUCUAUAGAAACUAAUUAAGAUGAAUCAUGGAUCAGAAUCUACUUUAGUUUUCAUAAAAGCAUGUAACACAUAAUCAAAUUCUUUUAGAUAAUAAAUGAGAAUAAUAGAAGAGGAGAUAUAAAAAACAUUUAAUAUUGAAUAUCCAUUAGUUGAUAAGAUCUUAGAAAUAGGACGUAAUCCACUCAUGCCAAUUCCUCUAUUAACAGAUGAUAUUCUUAAACAAUCUACCACAAGUUGGUUUCAAUUAGAGUUGGCCUAAAGAAUUACCGAUUAUACAACUGUAGAAAAGGUUCCCUCACUUGAUGAAUUAACAGAACAUCUUUAUUAACAUUCACUACAUUAAUUUGAUGUCACUAAUAUGAAACAUACUUAAAUAUUAUUUGAAUUGAGAUGGGUAGUCAUUGAUAAUUUUCUUAAAGAUCCCUCUAUAUUAGAUUCUGAUAAUGUACCACUUUUAUUUAGAUUCUUGCUUUACAUAUUCUAUUUCAUCUAUUAAAGAUGCUUAUUUAGUAGAAAUGUUUUAAUCAUAACUAAAACAUAAAAAAAUCCAGCUAUGUUUCUUUCUAUGUAUACCAUUCUAUGGGAAUCUUAUGUUGGCAUGAUGUGGGCAUUGAAUAGAGCUCUUAAGAAAAUAUUUAAUAAAAUUGACUUAAUAUUUGAUGAAUAUUUUACUACCCAUUUUCCUAAAAUUACCUUUACAAGUGCUCUAGCCAGAUUAUGGUCAUAAAUUGUUAUUAAAGGUACUAAGAAUUCAUAAAUGGAUUCGGUAGAAGCUGAAUUAUUUACUUCAUUUGAAGUUCUUUUAGAGUAAAAAAGAAUUAUUUUAUAAUAAUUUUAUAUGAAAGAUCAUUUUACAAAGGAUCAGUAAAUAAUUGAUAUAAAACUCUAUAAUGAUGAUUAUUUUAAUUACUGUCCGAGUGCUGUAAAUUAUUUGUUAAAUAAAUUCACAUCUAAUAUACUUGAUUUAUCAAUACAUGAGUAAAGCAUUAAUUGGAUAGGACAUUCAAAUGUUAAAAUUGGAUCGUUAUAUGGGAAAAUAAUAGAAAUAGUAUUACAAUAAGCUGAUAGGAUAUAUAGUAAAACAUCAGUACAACUUUCGACUGAUUAUUAGGUGUUCAAAAGUUAUAUACUAGGUAUAAAUAUUUAAAAUGAAAAUAGCUGAUUCUAAAUUUAUGUAAGAAAUUUUGAAUUAAUGGACUGUUUAAGUAUGUUUGUUACCAAGAGGAAUUGAAUAUCUGUAUGAGAAAGUAAAAAUAAAUCUCAGAUAAUAUAUACUUUCUUGUCAAUUAAAUUAAGAUAUAUAAGAAUCUAAUAAUAUUAAUUUUGAAGAUUACAUUCUAGAGUCUAAGAUUAUUGGAUAAAAUGUUCAAUAGUUAUAGUUAAAUGAAACUGAUGAAAUUGGAUAGCAUAAUGCAGGAGAAGAUUAAUUUUUAGAAAAUGCUAUUUGUGAAAUUUUAAAAGAAGAAAAGAUUCAAUAAAAUGAAUAAGUUAUAUCUAAUCAUAUAGAAUAAAUUCCAUAAUAAUCAUUAAUAAAUUAACCUUCAUACUAUCCAUUAAAAUCUGGUAAAUAGUAAAGUAUACUUGAAGGUGAUUAUAAUAAAAUAAGAAUGUUAUCAACAUUCACAUCAAGUACUCGAGUCAGCCAGAUUACUUAAUUAAAUAGUGUGUAUAGUUAAUAGAUUUUGUCUUCAUACAAAUCUAACUAGAAUAUGAACUAAAUUAAGGAUAUUAAAGCUAAAUUAGAAAAUAAUUAAUGGGUUAUACAUCUAAAAGAUAUUUAUAAUAUUGAAUAUGAAAAUAAAGUUAGAAUUGAAAAAAGAAACAAUUAAAUUAAAAUGAGGAAUACAGUUAAAUAAAUACCUUAAGAUUUAGAAGAAUAAUUGAAUAGUAAUGCAGAAUUUACAAAAGUUUGGUCUCUAGAAGAUACUAUGUCUUUAUUUGUCUCUAAAAAUACGAUAGAUUAAUUAUAAGCAAGAAAUCCAGAAAGAAGCUUUAGUGAAAUGAAAAUCGGUUAAGGAUUGCUUGCAUCUUAUUUUAUUUAGUAAUAGAUAUGA